CAUUUCGACGAUUUCAACGAACUACAGUAUUACUUCGUGCAUACUGCACACUACCAUUGUUAUUACGCACCUCAAACUUGCUUGAAACACCUUGAAUUCCUAAUCAUAACCUUUUCGCCCGGAGAUUUGAUAACUGUGCAAACUAGUAUUGACCUGUUUAAAGAAGUGGCGGGUCGAUUCAAAGUAAUAAGUGAGGUUAAGAUCGAGGAUGUCAGGACCUAAAGCUGAUUUCGUUUAUCCACUAAGGGUACAAUACUGCGGAAAUUGUUCACUUCCCAUCGAAUACUGCGAAUAUUAUCCGGAAUAUGAGAAGUGCAAACACUGGCUGGAGAGAAACCUUCCUACAGAAUUUGAGAAAGUUAAAUUAGAGGAUGCAGCAGCUGAUUCGGGAGGUGGGGAAGAUGAGAAGAAGCGACAGAAACGAGGUGGUAAAGGAAUGUUAAAAACAAAGAAGAAAGAAGACGUACCAAAAUUGGUAACUGUUUCAAGGGCUCCAAGAGGCAAAAAGAAGUCUGUCACAGUUGUUACGGGUCUUAGUACGUUUGAUAUCGACCUUAAAGUAGCAGCUAAAUUUUUUGGUAGUAAAUUUGCAUGUGGCUCCAGUGUAACGGGGGAUGACGAAAUAGUAAUUCAAGGAGAUGUCAAGGAUGACUUGUAUGACGUUAUCCCUGAAAAGUGGCCACAAAUUGAUGAGGAUUCAAUAGAUGACCUUGGCGAUCAGAAAAGAUAGUGGUACAGCCAUUUACGUAUGCUAAUUGAUAUUUUGUCAUGACCUCGGAUGUUUAUUAUAAAUAAAUGUACAUAAAAUAA